AUGUCGAGUCGACCACUCGUGAUCUCUGCGUCGCUGGCGCUCGUCCCGCCAUUGCUCCUCAGCCUUGCGUUGCGGCUGCACUGGACCGGCUUGCUCUGGGCUUCUCCGCUCCUUCUACUCGGCUGGUCCGUGAUCCUGCUUGCUGCUUUCCUCUACGCUUGCCACAUCGCUGACGCUCAGAGCGACCGACGGUAUCGCUACUCUCACGAGAGCCUCCGAUCCUUACCACGCCUCGCCUUCCUCACGCCGGCAGCUUGGUCGGCACAACGAACGCGCCUGCAGUGGGCCCGCGAAUCGCACAGCUCAGCAUCCGCUCCAUCACGGAAGCGCGCCGAUGCUUCGGCCCUGACUCGAGUCACAGACGAGAUCGUCGAGCUAAUUCUGCGCGACUUUGUCUGCAAAUGGCACACUCCCCUAGCAACAGGGUCGGACAAUCCGACUGCGAAUGACUCGGCCCCCGAGUUUGUCCAGGCAGUGGAGCAGACGAUUCGAAAUGCGCUCGACAAGGUUACCGCCACCAUCAAGCGACUUGAUCAUGCCGAUCUCGUCGUGCGCAGGCUGACUCCCAAAAUUAGCGCGCACAUUCGUUCUUACCGCAAAGCAGAGGCCGCGUUCCGCGGGCCUUCCGAACGUGCUCAGCUCGCCAGCUUCGAGAGCGACCAAAACGAUCUCUUCCUUGCUCGCAAGUUCGAGAAUGGUCGUCUUCAUCCCGCCGUCGGCGACAUGAGCAGUCCCAACACCAGACCUGCAGAGCAAGCCUUCCUUCGAUCGGUGUGUACUCGUCUGCUUCGUGUCUUCAUGCCAUAUCCGGAGAGCGAGAGCCCUUCGGUUCAGAUCAUCGUUCGCGAGCUGCUCAGCUGCACCAUCCUUUUCGCGAUCAUUGAGUCCAUCAGCGAUCCCGACUUCUGGAAUCACCUUCUAGAGCAGAAAGCCGGUGCCGUCAUCCACGAACAGAUCCUGGUCAGCAAGUUGCGCGAUGCUCUGGACAAGCAAGAGACGCUCUCGAGCAUCAAGACCGGCAAAUCACGAGCUGUGCCUUUCAUCGACAUCGAGGCCAAGAACCUCCUGCCUUGGUCGCAGGAGACCAAAAAGCCGGACCAAAAGUCGUUCGAUGCUUUCCUGCGAUCCAUCAAACACGCGACUUCUCUACUCGAGGUUCGCAGAACCAAGAAUGACAUUGCCGUACAGAUCAGAAAGACAAAGACAAACCUAGAACGCCUCUCUGAAGAGCCAUCCAACUCUUCCCGCGCAAAGCUUCAAUCCUAUCUCAAACGCCUCGAGACUGCAUAUGCCCUCGCUGAUCAGAAGAUCGCACAGCUUGGCUCCGACAAGGGCCUUCCAACGGUGUCAGCCAAAGUCUCGGCAGGCGCGGACCCGAAUGCCUCUCGAGUCAAGCUCCACGAUGUCCUACUCAAUCCAUCCAGCCUGUCCUUCUUCAUGGAGUUCAUGGACCGUCGCAAGAGAUCCGUCCUAGUCCAAUUCUGGCUUUUUGUAGAGUCCUUCAAGAAUCCCCUCGAAGACGCCGAACCGGAUCCGUCAACGGACCGAGAGCAGCUCCGCGCUGCAGCGAGUGCCUCUCCGCCAUCCCGAGCAGCCGUGCAGACCCUCAAAGAGGACCUUCGCAUGUUCGACAAGGUCUACUAUUCUUCGCCCGCGAUCAAGGUCUCACAGCGAUACGUCGAGAGUGCCAGACAAUUCCUCAGGGUCGACGACGAGGUCUCCAUCACGGCUCUGCAGGUGAUGCGCGUUAGACGUGACGUCUUGCACGCUCAGAAAGAGAUCUACGAAGACAUGGAGGUGGAGGACUGGCCGCGCUUCCGCGACAGCGAACUGUUCGUCAAGGCCGCCCAAGACCUGGGCCCCAAUGCUCAUCUUGCCGCUGGUCUUGCUUCCAGUGUAGGUUCGCUGGCCGCAGAGGCGCAGCCUUCCAUGGGCCAGAAAGCUGUGGAGGUACAACGUCCGGUCGUACGGUCGACAAAGUCCCACUUGGAGCACUCGGACCUGUUCGGAACGGACAAGCCCGUGGGCGCCGAAGCGAAGCAGCCCGACCUCUUUGGCGAUUCGCCCAGCGGCAGCAGAUCAAAAGCGAGUGCAAAGUCGGACAACUUGGACAUCCUCAUCGGCGGGCGGACUCAGCACGCCGGACCAGACGGAAGGACACCGCUCUUUCGUGAGGAUCCGCUUUUUGACGAACAGGAAGAUGACGGCGAUGAGCAGGGCGACAAUAGCUCCGACUUUAUCCAGGUCGAGAAGAUGGACGAGCUGCAGAGCGUGCUUCAAAGCAUCAUCGAUGACGACCUCGACAAAAGUCGAAAGCGUCCAGGCGCGUUGGCAUCGUCAGGGCCGACCGGCGGCAAGAGCUCGGCACGUAGCAGCGAUCCAGAUGUGAAUGCAGGUUCGACCGACAGCAGGAAGGGAAGCGGCAACUUCAGCAACUCGGACGAUGCUAGUCGACCUCGCACACCUCGGGAAACCACAGCGAUCUCGGUCCUCGACGAAUUCGGGCCGAGCAACGCCUUCGCUGGCCUACCGAGCUUCAAUCUGCGCAAUGAGAUCCAGAAGAUGGAUGCGCAGCUCGAGAAGCUUGAAGCUCAAGCGGACAUCUUGGAGGCGCUGGCCCGCAAAGCCGAGCUGACAGGUGCGAGAAGCAGCGAGACGCGGCUGUUGGCUCAAUCGAUCCAAGCCGUCCGACGAGAAGCCCGCGACAUCCGAUGGCAGCGCAGCCAGCUCGAGCAACAGAUGGCCGAGACUCAGCUGAUCCCCGGACAGACCAAGAUUUCGAUCCAAGACACGAUGAUCUCGAUCGACCACGAAGGCAAAGAGUUCGCGGUCUAUCUCAUCGAAGUUGGCAUCCUGGAGCAGCAAAAUAGCAAGUCCACUGCUCCCAGCAAAGGCGGUGAAGUCAGUACCUCGACAGCGCGUGGCUGGAUCGUUGGCAGAAGGUACUCGGAGUUUUGGGCUCUGCAUCAAGCGUUGAAAGAGCGAUUCGCCGAGGUUCGGGCUCUCGAGUCAGAGUUUCCAGGAAAGAGGCUGGUCGGCCUCGUGCACGCUCCCUUCGUCGAUGCACGGAAAGCGUCGUUGGAGAAGUAUCUGCAGGCUCUGGUGAGGGUCAAAGUGGCUUGCGAGAGUGAGGAACUACGAAUGUUCCUUUCCCAGGAUCCCACCGCCACAACGUCUAGCCUCGGGUCGCGAGCCUCCAGCGACGCCGCCUUCCCUACACAGCCAAUUAGCUCCGGCCCGGCAACACCAGGGAAACAGUCUGCUGCAUUCCCCGGAGGUGCAUUGGUCAAGACUCUGUUCAAAGGCAUGACUGGCGUCGCCGAAGGCCUCGACGACUUGAUCGGCAUCGGUCCGUCCAUGCUUGACGUUGUCGUCCAACGUCUCUCGACGCAGAUGCAGACCAAGUCGAGUGCCUCCCUGGUCCAAGGCAUCGCCGAUAUCGACAUGGUGUCUCAAGCGAUGGACAAAGAUGCCACGCAUGCUGAGCUGCGCGAAGCAGCAGGCGCGGGUACCACGUACUGGACCGAGCCCAUCUGCGAUCUCUUUACCGAGCUUUUCGAGCUGGACGAGAAGAACAACUGGCUCCGUCGUCAAGCCAUCGUCAUCCUGCUGCAGCAACUGUUUGGAUCGACGGUGGAGAGGAAGAUCCGCGAAACCUUCUCUGCCGCGCUUUCACCUACGUCCAUCACCGGGUACGUCACGGCUUUCAAAGCGAGUCUAUGGCCCAACGGCGUGCUGAAGGAACCGACCCCGCCGAGAACGAGGGCCGAGAAGGACCUGCUCAGGGAGAAUGCGAACAGCAAGCUGGCGACCCUCAUCCCCGAGCUCGCAGCCAACUUUGUGGGCCGCGAGAACGCAAGGAAGGGAACGCGCAGAGUGUUCUCCGCAUUGCAGAACAAGCGGCUGAACAAGCAUCUCAUCUAUAGCUUGUUGGACGUCGUUGUGGAUGAGCUGCUCGCCGUGCCGUCCGUUGCACUGGCAGCGAAGGGAUGA